AUGAAAGCACAAUAUCAAACACGUGAUGGUACGCUGCGAGUGAUUCGACCGCUCAUAUUCGUUCGUGAGAAAGCUUUGCGUGAAUUUGCUGAAUCUAAAGGACUUCCUGUAGUAGCAGAGAACUGUCCAGCAUGUUUCAAUCAGGCAACUGAACGGCAUCGAAUCAAGCAGGUUGGAUACUGA